AUGGCUGAUGUGGCCUCCGGCUUGGAGGGGCUGGAUCUGGGGGCCCUGAGCCCAGAGCAGCAGGCACAGCUCAUGGAGUUCAAGAUUAACACUCGCAUUGCCAAUGAGAAGUACCUGAGGUCUCACAAAGAAGUUGAGCUGCUGCUAUCAGGAUUUCUGAGAGAAGUUAUGCUGAGAAGACCAGAGAAUAUCCCUGAGUUUGCAGCAGAACAUUUUACAGAUCCGGAGCUUCCAAUGAAGACGCAGAAAAAACUAGCGGAAAAAGCAAACCAGGGGAAUUGA